AUGACUCCCAGGCCUCUCACAGUCUUCCCCGACUCACUCCACCGGGCCUCAGUCUCCCCCCUCUCCCCGCCUCCCCCACGCCUCCCCCACGCCUCCCCCCUCCACCUCCCCGCUCCCUCCACGAUAGGUCUCUAUGGCCUUAUCGUCAGCGCUGCACGCUUGAUCCUCUGGCCUCUAAUUCAGCGAGCCCAUCCGAGCACACGGCUGUUCAGGCAGAGGACUGAUCUCUGCCACCCCCGAGGCCCGGAGCCAGAGCCACUGAAGCCCAAGGGAGGAGGGGGGGGAGAGGGGGGAGAGCGAGGGAGAUAA